AUGGGGUGUGAGAUGGAAAGUGAUCAACCCGAGGAUUUGGACGUCGUCCUGACUUCAAUGUGGCCGGAGGACAUGAAUGAAGCCGGCAGGCAGUUCAACGUGGAGAGGCCCGGAGUAGAUCAAGACAUGUUGGAGGAGGUCACCAUCAAGAAAGAGCCUAACAUAGUCGAUUUUCAGAGGCUGAUGGAGCUCACAAACUAUAGUGAUAAGGGCAACGGACAGCUGGCCAAGUUGGUGAAGAAUUGGGAGUUCAAGCAGGCGAAUGUCGUGCGCCUCCUGAGAGAAGAGCUCGACCAGCUGAGCAAGCAACAGCAAGAAAUGGAGCUCAAGAAGCUCGAGAUCUUGGAGGAGCAUCGGUUUGAGAAGGAUGGAUAUGGUGGAGACAAGCGCCCUAUUUCCAUUCUUGAUGAGAAUCUGAGGUAUUUGUACCAAGAUGCUCCUAAGAGGAGGAAAGAAGUAGUCUCCCAAGGGAAGAUAGUGGCGAUAGACGCGGAGUAUGACAGUGUUGUGUACUGGAAGCAGAGAGCAAUGCAUCUUGAGAAGCUUCUAGAAGCUAGCCUUCAAAGGGAGCAAGUGUUGGUGGAGAAGUUGCAAGAGAGUAUAGAGAAUUUGGAGAGGCAGUCAACUCCCGUGGAGGAACUGUCUCAGGUUUUGAAGAGGGCCGAUAACUUCUUGCAUUUCGUCCUCCAAAAUGCCCCCGUUGUUAUAGGCCACCAGGAUAAGGAUAUGCGUUAUAGGUUCAUCUUCAACCAUUUCCCGAGCUUGGGAGAGCAGGAUAUCAUAGGCAAAACGGACGUUGAGAUCUUCACUGGCUCAGGCGUGAAGGAGUCCCAAGACUUCAAAAGGGAGGUUUUAGAAUGCGGAUUGCCUGCAAAGAGGGAGAUCACGUUUGAAACAGAGCUUUUUGGUUCAAAGACCUUCUUGAUCUACGUGGAGCCUGUUUUCAGCAAGGCAGGAGAGACCAUUGGUGUAAAUUACAUGGGAAUGGAAGUUACUGAUCAGGUCAGGAAAAGGGAGAAGAUGGCAAAACUUAGAGAGGAAAUUGCUGUGCAGAAGGCUAUGGAGACGGAGCUCAACAAGACGAUCCACAUCACAGAGGAGACAAUGCGCGCAAAACAAAUGCUGGCGACAAUGUCUCAUGAGAUAAGGUCUCCUCUCUCUGGAGUUGUGAGCAUGACAGAGAUUCUUGCAACCACUAACCUCGAUAAAGAACAAAGGCAGCUGUUGAAAGUGAUGUUAUCUUCUGGAGAUUUGGUUCUUCAGCUGAUCAACGACAUCCUCGAUCUCUCCAAGGUGGAGUCAGGAGUAAUGAAGUUGGAGGCGACCAAGUUUAGACUGAGAGAGGUGGUGAAGCACGUACUCCAGACAGCAGCGGCCUCACUGCAAAAACUACUCACAUUAGAAGGUCAUGUAGCUGAAGAUGUUCCAGUCGAGGUUAUCGGAGAUGUCCUAAGGAUUCGACAGAUACUCACCAACUUGAUUAGCAAUGCCAUCAAAUUUACUCAUGAAGGGAAAGUUGGCAUAAAUCUGUAUGUGGUUCCAGAGCCAAGUGAUAUAAACGAACAAGGCUCGGAGAAGAAGUCUCAAGAUCAAUCAACUGAUUCAGCCAAUACUAAUGGCAACGGACACGCUAUUAAUAGCACUUCUCAUGAAGAAUCUGAGCUCAAAAACACGUCCUGUGAUCAAAAUGGCGAUCAAAUGGAUCAAGACAAGGAGGGUCGAACAAAGGCUGAGGAACGAGUAGUGUGGAUCCGCUGUGAUGUCUACGACACUGGCAUUGGAAUACCUGAGCAUGCUAUGUCGAAUUUGUUCAAAAAAUACAUGCAAGUUGGGGCGGAUACAGCUCGGAAGUAUGGUGGGACAGGAUUAGGCCUUGCAAUCUGUAAACAACUGGUUGAGCUUAUGGGAGGUUAUCUGACUGUGUCAAGUGUCGAGCACCACGGCUCUACUUUUACAUUCGUCCUGCCUUACAAGGUCUCAUCAGCCUCUGAUACGGAUGAGACAGACGAACUAUCUGAUACGGGCCACCAAGAUGUCAUAGGAGACGACGAUGAUCUGAAUUCAGGCGUGUUCCUUUUCCAGCCUCGGACAUUAGGCACGUUGUUUUCUUCACAAAUAAAUGGAAGGAUUCCCAAGCUCUUACCAAAUAGCUAUGGAAACAACUGCAAUGGUUUGCUGGAGGGCUGCCCUUUGCCUUCUAGCAACAUUGCAAGCAAUGAGGGUGCCUCAGAGGAAGUUUCUGAUUCGACUGCUGGUGCAAUGGAGACGACGUCAUCCAUGCUUGAAAUCCAGCAUGCAGGUUCAGGCAACCUAAAAGAACAAGAACACGACCGUUCUCUUUGUACAGCUCGAGAAACAGCUUCUGAAUGCUCUUCCACAAACAGAAACACAGUUGAGAGAGAUGAGACAAAACAACACAAGAUCCUGCUGGUUGAGGACAACAAGAUCAACAUCAUGGUGGCUAAAUCUAUGAUGAAGCAGUUGGGCUAUUCCAUUGAUGUCGUCUCCAACGGGGCAGAGGCUGUGAGGGCAGUUCAAAGAAGUACUUACCAUCUCAUUCUAAUGGAUGUGUACAUGCCGGUUAUGGAUGGUCUUCAAGCUACAAGAUUGAUCCGAUCGUUUGAGGAAACGGGUAGCUGGGAAGAGGCAGUGAAGGCUGGAUUAGAGAUGGAGGCGGCAUCUCAUCAAGUAGAGGAAACAAGAAAGAGGGUUCCUAUCAUUGCAAUGACAGCGAAUACAGCAUCAGAAAGCGCAGAUGAAUGCUAUGCAAAUGGUAUGGACUCAUUUGUGUCGAAGCCUAUUACUUUGCAAACCUUGAGACAAUGUGUGCAGAAUUAUUUGGUUUGA